AUGUCUCUCUUGCUGCUUUACAUAUCAAUUAGAGUGAACAUCGAGAAGUUUCUGGAAGAUUACAGAGCCCUUAAGCCCGCUAGAUUCUCUUAUUCUGAUGUAAGAAGGAUCACUAAUCAAUUUAGUGAAAAACUGAGUGAAGGAGGCUAUGGAAUUGGUACUGUUAGAAGUGGAUCGCUGUCGAACGAAAUAAAUGUUGCAGUGAAGGUACUCAACAAUUCCACGGGAAAGGGAGAGGAGUUUGUCACUGAAGUAUGUACAAUUCGGAGAAUACACCACAUCAACGUAGUCCGGUUGGUGGGCUUUUGUGCUGAAGGAUUCAGAAGAGUUCUCGUAUACAAAUUUCUGCCAAAUGAUUCACUGGAAAAGUUCAUUUUCCAAGCAGAUCUCAAGAGAUAUUCCGUUGGUUGGCCAAAGCUCCAAGAUAUUGCACUAGGCAUCGCCAAAGGCAUCGAAUAUCUUCACCAAGGAUGUGAUCAACAAAUCCCCCAUUUCGACAUCAAGCCCCACAACAUAUUAUUGGACCACAACUUCAUUCCCAAGAUCUGUGAUUUUGGCCUAGCCAAGCUGUGCUCCAAGGAACAAAGCGCAGUAACAAUGAUGGCUGCCAGGGGAACGAUGGGCUAUAUUGCACCUGAAGUAUUGUCGAGGACUUUUGGUAGGGUGUCGUAUAAGUCGGAUGUGUAUAGUUUUGGAAUGUUGUUGCUUGAAAUGGUAGGAGGCCGGAAAAACGUCGAUCAUGAAGCAAAUAGCAAACAAGUGAACUUUCCGCAGUGGAUUUAUAAUCAUUUGAAUGUAGGAGAAGAUCUUUGGCAAAACAUUGAGCAAGAAGAAGACAGAAGCAUAGCAAGGAAAGUUACUAUUGUUGGACUUUGGUGCAUCCAGUGGCAUCCAACAGAUUGUCCGUCCAUGAAAGUAGCGGUUCAAAUUGGACAUAAUCUCGAUAUGCCUCCAAACCCCUUCCCAGCUACAAAUGCGACCAGUUCUGCUGCAGGAAUACGCGGAACACAGUAUCAAAAUGCGUUGCCACUCAUAUUAGAAUCAGAGUGA